AUGUGGAAACCCUACAAAGAUGUGUUUAUCUUCGAAGUAAAUGUGAAAGAUGAUAUGAAGAAACUCUUGACACAGCAAGCUGUACCAACUAAGCGACAAGUGCUGAGACUGGUGAUGUCGCUGUUCGAUCCGUAUGGUUUCAUAGCUCAUUUUCUUGUCCACGGAAAAAUUCUGAUGCAGCAUAUUUGGAGGUCUGGUACAGAUUGGGAUGACGAAAUCACACCGGAGCUGUAUAGGAUGUGGGGUGACUGGACACGGCUGUUGGUGCACUUGCAAGAAGUUGAAGUUCCACGUUGUUUCUCGGGCGUCACAAGCAGAGAAAUGCCCAUCACCUCCAUUCAGCUGCACAUAUUUGUUGAUGCAAGUGAGUUAGCGUACGCAUGCGCAGUCUACUCUCGAAUUGUGCAAGCUGGAGAAGUGCGAUGUGUACUUGUUGCGGCCAAAACGAAGGUGGCUCCAUUGAAACCGUUAUCCAUUCCACGGCUCGAACUUCAAGCUUGUAUUAUUGGAUGCCGCUUGAUAGAAACAAUUUGCUCGGCUCUGAAUCUUGCUGUAGAGGCACGAUACUUUUGGACAGAUUCAACAACCGUUCUAUCCUGGAUCAAAUCCGAUAGCAGAAGGUACCAUCCCUAUGUGGCGUUCCGGGUAGGCGAAAUCCUUAAUACUUCCAACGUGGACGAAUGGUAUUAUGUUCCGUCAAAACAGAAUGUAGCUGAUGAGGCCACAAAGUGGGGAAAUGGAAUUGAAUUCACCCCAACCAAUCGCUGGUAUACUGGAGAGCCCUUCCUAUACCAACCACAAUCCAAAUGGCCAAAGCAGCUCAAACAACAAUGGAAUACGAAAGAAGAAUUACGAGCCGCCUUCCACCUUCAUCGAAGCUUACCACAACCAAUCUUUGAUGUGAGUAGAUUCUCUAACUGGAAUCGUCUAUUACGCACGGCAGCGUUUGUACAUCGUGCAGUACAGACUUUUCGUGGCGGUAGGAUUGUCGGAGAUUUAACCAGUGACGAGCUUCUGCAGGCUGAAAACACCCUGUGGUGCCAAGCACAAUCUGACACCUACCCAGAUGAAUAUAAUGUUUUGAAGUAUAACUUGACACACCCCAACGAAACGCCAAAGCUUCUGGAAAAGACCAGUAAGAUAAUUCAGGAGUCACCUUUCAUGGAUGAUGCUGGAGUAAUAAGGAUGAAUAGCAGAAUUUCUCUAGCACCUUCCAUUCCAUUUGAAACCAAAUACCCAGUAAUUCUACCGAAAGAGCACCUCCUGACACGCCUCGUUGUGGACAGCUACCACAGACGGUUCCUACACAUGUACAACGACACAGUUUUCAACGAAAUUCGUCAACGCUUCAGAAUUCCGCAAUUGCGUCAAGUCAUCAAGCGAAUCUCCAAAGAUUGUCAACGUUGUAAAAUUAAGAAAGCCGUUCCACAUUUGCCAAUGAUGGCGCCUCUUCCGGCGGUCCGCCUCACACCACACAUUCGUCCAUUUAACUACACCGGUUUAGAUUAUUUUGGACCAAUCAUGGUGAAACAAGGUCGGAGCUUGGUGAAGCGUUGGGUCUGGGUGGCGCUAUUCACAUGCCUCACCAUAAGAGCAGUGCAUCUGGAGAUCGUCCACAGCCUCUCGACACACUCUUGCGUUAUGGCGAUUCGAAGAUUUGUAAAUCGUAGAGGAUCUCCCGCUGCGUUUUAUUCCGAUAAUGGAACCUGUUUCAAGGGUGCCAACAAUAUCUUGACUGCGCAGAUUCAGGAUAUUCAUGAAAAUUGUGCAGUAACGUUCACAAAUGCAAGAACGACUUGGCAUUUCAACCCACCAUCUGCUCCACACAUGGGAGGGUGCUGGGAGCGAAUGGUCCGUUCGGUCAAAGCAGCAAUAGCGGUAAUAGCCGAACACCCACGACAUCCAAAUGAUGAAGCCUUGGAGACCAUAGUGUUAGAAGCGGAAGCGGUGGUCAAUUCACGUCCUCUGACGUACAUCCCAAUACACAACGCAGAGCAAGAAGCUCUCACACCGACCCACUUUCUUCUUCAUGGCACACAGGGAAUUGUUCAACCAAGAAUGGCGUUUGUGGUGGAGGGAUCAGCGUUACGCGACAGCUGGAAGCUUACAAUUCUGGAGAAGGUGGGUACAUGA